GUUCAUGCUUCAAUCGAAUCGCGUCUAAUCGGCACGAUGGAGACGGAGUCCCUGGCGUGAUUUGAAGGGGGAAGCCCUCAGCACAACACGACAGACACACAAUGCACUCCUCGAUGCCUUUCUCUGGACGUGUAGACUCCUAAUGUCACCUCGCUGAGCGAUGAUGCUCGUGUUACGGCUUGCCUUUGCUCAUCGUCCGCUUUAUUCGCGAAAGAAGCAGCAGAACGGAUGCUUGACCACUGCGAAACUGCCUUCACGCUUUAAGCCUCUUCUGAUUAUCGGCAAGGGACACGUUAUCAUAACCACGAGGGCCAGGGAGACGAUUAAAGUUUCAAGGAUGUAAAUCGAGGUGUGGUAUGAGUGAAGUCGCCUCCGUCUAGCACAAACUAGAGCUCACGUUUGAGAGAGUCGAAAGAGGACGUCCAUUCAGCAAUUGCUGCACAUCACACCAUGAGCCAGCCACAGCCCCCUCAGCAGGCGGCAGCGCCGGAUCUGGAGGUGAUCUCCCGGCAGGUGGAGGAUGAAGGCCAGUGCAUGGCUCCAGUGCAGCUGGUCAGCUUCGCCUACAGGGACCUUCCUCUAGCUGCCCUGGACCUCUCGCUGGCCGGAUCCCAGUUACUUUCCAAUCUGGACGAAGAGGAUAACCAAGAGGGGUCUAAUUGGCUGAAGCCAUGCUGCGGGAGGAGAGCAGCGCUGUGGCAGGUGUGUUUGCUGAGUGCUGGCUUCAACUGUUUCCUGGUGGCCUGUGUCAUCUUGGUGGUGCUCUUACUGACUGUGGAACUGCUCAUUGAUACUAAACUCCUACAAUUUAAUAAUGCAUUCCAGUUCGCCUGUAUCAUCCACUGGAUCAGCCUGGUCAUCCUGUCCGUGUUCUUCACUGAGACUGUCUUUAGGAUUGUGGUGCUCGGGAUUUGGGAUUAUAUAGAGAACAAAGUUGAGGUAUUUGACGGUGCUGUGAUUGUACUCUCUUUGGCCCCAAUGGUGGCCUCCACAGUGGCGAACGGCCCCAGCAGCCCCUGGGACGCUAUCAGCCUCAUCAUCACCCUCCGCAUCUGGAGAGUCAAGAGAAUCAUUGACGCGUAUGUGCUACAAGUGAAGGUGGAGAUGGAGCUGGAGAUCCAGCAGUAUGAGAAGACCAAAGCUGUGAGGGAGGAACAGCUGGAGAGACUCACACAGAUCUGCCAGGAACAGGCCUUUGAGAUCAGGCAGUUGAGGGCUCACCUGGCGCAGCAGGAUUUGGAUCUGGCCGCUGAGCGUGAGGCUGCCAUGCAGAUCCACCAUGUGUGGGGGAAACAGAGCAGCAGCUUCCAGGAAAUAGACGGCCUGGGUCCCGCUGGAUCUGACAACGAGUGCCGCGCCAACACCAGAGAGCCCAGACCUCCUCCAGGUACCCAGACCGCCAAUGUUAUACUAUCUGUUAUACACACAGACAUUGGGGUGCCCGACCCUGGUGCACGUGUCAUAACCACAGCAGCCAUCGAUGUCCACCUUCCUACCAACCCCAGCCACUUGCCGCCUUCCCUCGUCAGUGCUGACGGCCCGGGCAGUGGCCAGGAGCGCACGGGCAGCUCUGUAAGUGAAGCAUCCAGCACGACCAUGUCCCGGUCCAGCUGCAGCUUCACAGCCCGGCAGUACAGCAUCAGCAGCCACACACUGGGCUCCACAACUGACUGCAGCUCUACCGUACGGGAAGCCUCCACCUCAGACUACAGCGGCCAACGCUGCUGCCCUCCUCCAUACUGCAGCCCUUUGACCCUCGGCACACAACCAGGUGUCCAUGACCCCAGCGCGGUGGUCAAAGAACUGCUCUCUUCCCUGUCUGAGGACUCCUGCCUGGCGCAGAAAGGCAGGGUGGACCCGGUCAACCUUAAAUUGCCCAGUCCGGCAGGGUCAGUAAAGGCCAGUCCGGAACUGCAACACAGGGUGAACAUAUACAACAAGAGAAACCAGGAAAGUCUGGGCAUAUUCCAGACCAAGCCACUAAUUCACCUGCAGGGGACCGAGCCAUCUCUGGAGGAGAAGUACAGGCUUAUGGAGCCGGCAGAUACUCCACUGAGCCAUAUACCGGACACAUAGAGCAUGAAGUUUGGGACGGUGACCACCAAAACCAGCUGAAGCAGCCUCUCUCUUGGUCUCUCUUUCUAUAUCGCUUACUUACUGGCUGUGUCCGAAAUAUAAAAAAUGGUGACAUUACUGGCAGUAUCUGGAGGUAGGAAGGCAUCAGGGCAUAUCAGAGUCUAAUGUUUGUGGAACGUUCUCUACUGAAAAAGUGUGACUUGUCAAGAGGUUGCUGAGUCAGUGUAAAUGACUCAGCUUGUCCAAAUCUGCUCCAACAGACCUUCUUUUCAAGUAAUCCAGAACACCUUCGUUGGUUGGGUAAGGUGUGUCUAAUAAGGGUUGGAACUAAAUUCCGUGUGAAGUCAACUCUCUGGGAGCAGGGUUGGCUACCCCUGCUUCUUUUCACCAGAUUUAUGUGGAUUCCCUUGUUACAAAUGGUGCAAAAACACAAGGCUGGAAUACACUAUGUCUUGUAAAAUGGUUAGAGAAAAAUAUAAAU